UACACUAGCUAUUAUUUCGCUGUGCAUUAAGGCUAAAACAGCUUAUUAUAUUACCAUAUUUUUAUUACCUACAAGAUUCGCGAAGGUGAUAUCACAUUUUAGAGAUCGGAUAUCAUUAAACAGGACGAAUAUAAAUCGUACUUUAACGACUGUUAGUAUAACUUUACGUUAUCGUGCCCCUACGCCAGUCUUCCGACACUUUAACAUACCUUAUAACUCCUUCGUGAAGACCUGGGUGUUGUAGAGUCUGUGCUUUUAAGUUAAGUAGUGUAUGUUUGUGUGAAAGCUGCACAUAGCUGGUUGACGCUGUUGUUCGUGUUCGACAUGUCCACACUGUUCCCCUCUCUCUUCCCCCGGAUAACGGAGUCCCUGUGGUUCAACUUGGACCGACCCUGUGUGGACGAGACUGAGCUGCACCAGCAGGAGCAGCAGCACCAAACCUGGCUGCAGAGCAUUGCGGAGAAGGACAACAACCUGAUGCCCAUAGGGAAACCUAUUUUUGAGGCAGGAUAUGAUGAAGAGGAAGAAGAGGACGACGAGGAUGAGGAGGACAGCGAGGAAGACUCAGAAGACGAAGAAGACAUGCAGGACAUGGAUGAGAUGAAUGACUACAACGAGUCACCUGAUGACGGCGAGAUAAACGAGGUGGACAUGGAGGGACCAGACCAAGACCAAGACCAGUGGAUGAUUUAAAGACAAUGUUAGUCUCCAUGAAGCUGUCUUGCACUGGAUUUCUACUCCCCAUUUAAACAUGACCCUUCAGCCAGGGGCAUAGAUCUAUAUUUUUUAUUUGUAUAAACAGGAAAGGAAUAUAGAAAAAUCAAGGAUUAUACAAUGAUAUCCUUCAGAGGGAGUUUGGGUAAAUCCAGCACGAGCGCCUCAUGUCAAGCUGCAGUUGGCUUUGAAGGCGUGGGAGGUUGUUGGACAUCGCUGUGAGUGUUGCUUCCUGGCACAUGUCCACAUUGUUAAAAUACUCGCAUGGAUGUGUGUUUGCGCGCCUGUGCACCUGUUUUUCUUUCUUUUCUUGUAGUGGCAGUGUGUGAACCUGUCAAAUACAUUUAACCAUUCAGUCCAAACAAAGAGUUUCCACAAGUUUCCACAAGCCUCUCCACACACACACACACACACACACACACACACAGUCUUGCCGUUUUGUAACUAGUCGGAGACACACCCACACAGUGGCAGCCAUGGGCCAAAGCCCAGAGAGCUCUCGUUUAAACUUUGACCGUGUCAAAUGUUCAGUCAUGUGACACUACUCAGAGAGUCGCCAAACAGCUGACAGGGCACAAACAACAGUUCAGUCAGCGAAAUAAUUUGUUACCUAUGGAGGCGACUUACACAUACUUCACCAUAAAGUCCAGUUCUGUUUAAUUGCAGUGUCAUGUAUGCUGCUAAUCUUUUGUUACAGAUAUCAGAACUUUCAUAAAAGCUUGUGAAAUAGUGUUAUGUUCAGACAAUGCACCAGUUCUUCUUGAAAUACAUUUUAAUAUUCUUUAGGUGUGUCAGAGGUAAAAGUAGCCAUUAGCAUUGAAGAAUGUUUAUUGAAAUAUGAACUCACACAGUGCCCAGUGUCUCUCUUUUAUCUUAAAGGAUUGCUUAUCGUGGCUGAGAUGUACUGAAAUUAACAGAAGCCUUGACUAUUUGCAUCAAUUUAAAUCAUUUUGAUAAAACUAUGUUUUUCUACAAUUUAAUUUAAAACAAACACAAAAUGUAACAUGGUAGUGAGGGGCGUGUGUUGGAUUAAGUGUAAUUCACUGUUAAGUGAGAUACAAGAACUCCAGAGUCCAGUACUGAUAAGUUGUAAUCUGGUGUAAUUUAUGAUUUGGGUGUUGCCAAUGUCCCAAAUUCACUUGAUGUAAGUGAAUGUAACAUUUAAAAUAUUUUAACAGGUAAUGGUUACAUACAAUAGUUUUCAAUAUUAACCUUGUAAAUACAUUUAUUAUUACCAAAAAUGACAAUGUCAUUGGGCUUCAUUUGUGUGACAUAUUUAAUGAAUUUGCUCUUGUGGUCUUUAAUUUUUGUUCAAACUUGGCAGUUUUGUUUAAAUAAACAUGGUAUUUUUGAAGAAU